AUGCUCUAUGAUUUGGUCUCAAAAAGCCAAUCAAUAUCCAUUCCUGCCUGUACAGCCCAAGUCUUUUUCUACCUCUCCUUUGCUGACUCAGAACUUUUAUUGCUCUCGGCUAUGUCCUACGACCGCUACAUUGCCGUCUGCCACCCCCUACACUACAAACUAAUGAUGUCUUGGAGGGUCUGUGCUCGUAUGGCCUCCAUGGUCUGGGUUGCAGGAUGUUCUGUUUCUUUGGCUCAUACUUUAUUUUUGCUCAGGUUGUCCUUCUGCAGAACAUCUUCCAUCCACAACUUCUUUUGUAACCUUCCACACUUGUAUCAGAUUACAUGUACUGACCCCUUCAUAAACAUGGUGGUCGUAUUUCUUAUCAGGUGCUACUUUUGCAUUAGGAGCCUUUCUUAUGACCUUUCUUCCAUAUGUCUAUAUUUUCAGUACCAUCCUCAGAAUCCGUAG